UCUCUUGUAUAUAUACCUCUUGUAUCUCAAUCAAUAGAAUAAUCAAAUUCCCAAUUCAUUCUAUUCUCUAUAUGGUAUCAGAGAAAUACCGAUCCUAGAAACCUAAAAAUCUUUCCUUUUUCUCUCCUCCUUUUCCUCGUCCCCGUUUAUCUCUUCUCUUCAUCAAUGGCCACCAUUGCUGCCGAUCAAUCACAGGUCAUCAACCUCAACCUCAACGCCACUUCCAUUGUUAACAUUAACAUGGCUAAUGUUACCAAGCUCACGACCUCCAACUACAUCAUGUGGAGCCGCCAAGUUCACGCUAUUCUCGAUGGUUACGGUCUCGCCAAGCAUCUUGAUGCCUUGGCCAACGUACCAGACAAGGAGAUCACGGUCAAUGCCGUCACUUCACCAAAUCCUGCUUUUGAAGCUUGGACCAGACAAAAUCGCCUGGUCUACUCUGCUCUCAUCGGCGCCCUCUCCCUCAGCGUCCAGUCCACAGUCUCUCGUGCCAACACCGCCGCUGACGUCUGGAAUACGCUUGCCUCAACCUAUGCUAAGCCGAGUCGUGGCCACAUCAAACAACUCAAGCAUCAACUCAAUCAGUGGACAAAGGGUACCCGCACAAUUGAUGAGUAUGUUCAGGGCCUAACGAAUCGUUUUGAUCAGUUAGCUCUCCUGGGCAAACUCAUUGACCAUGAAGACCAACUUGACUACAUUCUCCAAGGGCUACCCGAGGAGUACAAAUCGGUGGUUGACCAAAUGGAAGGUCGUGAUGUCCCGCCAAGUCUGACAGAACUCCAUGAGAAGCUUCUUAAUCAUGAAGCCAAGAUCAUAACUGCUCAGCCCGCGACACCGUUUCCUAUCACGGCCAACUAUGCUACCAACAAUCGUGGUCGCUCCUCCUCCAAGCCAUCACACACUCAACCUUGGAAGCCACAACAAUCCUCUGCUCGUGGACCCGAAGUUCGUGGUCCAUUCAAGCCAUAUCUUGGUAAGUGUCAAAUUUGUGGCAUUCAAGGACAUUCCGCUAAACGCUGCUACCAGCUUCAAACAUUCCAAGCUCAGGCACCAGCCAACCCACCAUUGCUGCCAACACCUCCGCAGCCUCCGAUGUCGUGGCAGCCCAGAGCCAACUUUGCCACUGCUGCACCGUCACCAUUCCCGUACAACCCGUGGAUCCUUGACUCUGGCACCACGCACCACAUAACCUCUGAUCUAAACAACCUAGCUUUACACCAGCCAUACAACGGUGGUGAAGAGGUUCUCAUUGGGGAUGGUUCAGGUCUGAAAAUCACCCAUACCGGUGAAGGAUCUCAAAACGGGGGCCCGGUUACUCCAAGGGCGAACUAAAGCGGAGCUGUACGAGUGGCCUAAUCCUACAUCCAUUCCCACAUCCUAUCUUACCACCACAUCAAAACCAACUUUAAAAGA